AUGAAAGGAAAUUUGCAAAAUCCCGAGCAAAUGGAUGAGAAUUCAAUAAUACACCAAGAAACGCAAAUUGUUGAUACCGCCGUAUCAACUAAUGAACUUUCGACUUCAAACAUAGCGUCAAAUAACGAUUCAACACAUUUCCAUAUUGUUAACGAAAGGAGGCACCACAACUUUCCGAACUGUAGGUAUCCACUACCUAACGAUAUCGCCGAAAUGAAUCGCUUACGAUUGGAACAUGAAAUGUUUCGACUUAUAUGGCAUGGGAACUAUUCCGCACCUAUUGCUGACUUACUAAAGAAUAACGAUUCUAAAGUACUCGACAUUGGGUGCGGGACAGGAAUAUGGAUCGAAGAGAUGGCUGUUGAAUUCCCUUCAACGCAUUUCACGGGCAUAGAUAUUUCGCCCAUAUUCCCUCAGAGAAUUUCAGCAAAUUGCCAUUUUCAACUGUGUAAUAUAAUUGAAGGUCUACCCUUCAAAGACAAUUCUUUUGACUAUGUUCAUUGUCGAAAUGGACUUAUGGCUUUUAGUACAGAAGAGUGGAUUCAAAAGGUCAUUCCGGAGAUGGUCAGAGUCACUAAACCGUCAGGAUUUAUUGAACAUUGUGAGGUCGAUGGUCUUCACGUAAACGAAGGGCCCAUUAUGAAACAAAUCACGAAUGCCACUAUGGAAUUUCAUGAAUCCUGCGAUAUUGAUGGCAUGAUUGGUGAUAAAUUAGAGGAAAUCCUAAAAGAUAAUGGGAGUUUACAUAAUGUACAUCAUCAUCCAAAAUAUAGCCCCCUUGGUAGCUGGGGUGAACAUGGUAGAAUGGCCAUAGAUAACUUUUCUCAGGUAUCUUUAGCCCUUAGGGUUCAAUUAUCUGAAAUUAUGGGCAUCUCGCCUACGGAAUUAGACGACAUCGUUAGAAGGAGCGUUAUAGAAGCCGAGUCCAAACGAACGUAUUUUAAAACCCAUCGAAUAUAUGCACAAAAACUUUCUUCGAAAAUAUGA